AUGUCAGACAUAACAUCACUCCCCUUUGAGGCAACAGAAGAGGAUGAACCAGUUAUAUCCAACUCAAAAUCUUUUAACUCGGGCCCAGCUCAGAAUUUAACUAUUGAUGACAUUGAUGAUUUUGAGGAUGAUGAUGAUUUGGAGGAACUGAAUAGUCGCAGGUAUUCAAGGAGAACAAUGAAUGAUACUGUUGAUCUUGUUGUGGUUUUGCCUUCAUUUGCAACAGGUAUAACUGAUGACGAUCUUCGUGAAUCUGCCUAUGAAAUCCUUCUGGCUGCUGCAGGAGCUUCGGGGGGACUUAUAGUGCCAUCAAAGGAGAAGAAAAAAGAAAAGAAAUCCAAAUUGUUGAAGAAGCUUGGAAGGAGUAAGAGUGAACAAGUUACAAAUCAAUCCCAACAAUCAACUGGUUUGACUGGCCUACUGGAGACAAUGUGUGUCCAGAUGGAGGAAGUGGAAGAAAUACUUGAACUUCUAAAGUCAAUGUGGCGUAUCUUGGGAAUAACAGAGACUAUUCACCACACCUGUUAUGCAUGGGUGCUAUUCCGCCAGUUUGUGAAAGCAAAAUUGCUAGCUGGAAUUGCCCUUGGUUAUGUUUAUGGUGGAUGGGUAAAUUUGGCAAGAGAACAGGUUGGUUUAUGA